UUAAUCUCACUCUCCUUUCUCUCUCUCUCACUGGGCGCCGUUCAGUGGAGUGGCGUACAACAUGACUGCUCUCGAAGUCUUCGGAUCGCGGCCGUGCCAGCGGGAACCCUAGGCAACCGCCAAGUUCCGAAUGGAUUCACCGAGCGAACGGUUGCUGCUGAAAACAAAUCACAAAGUGAGCGUCCCCUGCCCCGUGCGGCCUCCCGGACGGCGAAAAUCGAGCAGCCGGCGGCUGUUCGGCGUCCGCUGCCACCUGCACCGCUUCUACGCCGACUGCCCCGAGGGCUCGCACUCCGGCUGCGGCUCCGGCCACGGCCACGGCGGCUCGGCGUCGUCCCGGCGUCACGCGGCUCGGCGCUCGGCCCGCGUCGCCUGGACCGCCUCCCUGUGGCUGGGCGCGCUGCUCUUCCUGCUGGGAGUCGUGGCCCUGGGUCUGGGCUACGCCGCCCCGCCGAGCCUCGUGAGGAGGCCGCACCCGUGGAGGCUGGCCGGCCUCUGCAUGUUCUGCAGCGGAGGCUCGCUCCUGGCCGCCGCUCUGAUGCUGGCGGCGCUGUGCCCGCGUUGGCAGGACGACGAGCCGUACGCUCCCGUCCUGGGCGAAUCCAGGGCAGCGCUGGAGGAAGAGGAGGACGACCUCAGGGUGCCCGUCACCGAGAAGAUCACCGCCGUUCAGCCGCUCAGGGACUGAAUUAGUCGUUGUACACACUCGAGCUAGGGACUCGAUCGUUCGUGUUUGAGACCACGGUCCCUUAAUUGUGGCGCGGUCCUCCUGGUGUGCGUGAGCGUGCGACCGAUAUCGGUCGUGAGGCGUACGCAUGACUGCAGUGUCCCACUGUGGGUGGCGGGCGAAAGCAGCAGGCUCUGGCAGAGUCCUGUUCUUCGAGCUUACCACACGCGUAUACGGAGAGUACCCAUAGACUUGUGGGUAAUAAUUAUGGGUAAUACUUAUGGGCAACACUUAUGGGUAACAGUAACCCGUACCAUUAUGGGCUCGCUCGUUCUGAAUGACGCAGAUUCGCACCGCGAACGAGGGGAAUCGAAACGGAAUUCAGCUGUGUAAGAGGGCGUAGCCCGGAGAAUUAAGAGAGCUUGAUAUUCGGUAGGCGUGAGUGGCGCAUUGUUUUACCUUGUUGUGAUCUGUGGACGCAAACGGGGGAUCGCUGGGACUUUGGUGGAAACCUGGUAUACAAGUGUUGUGGCGCACCCGAGCGCCAUUGUUCGCUAGCUCUAUAGGUAAUGCGCGUUUCUCGGUGGAAUUAGAUGAAAAUCUUGGUAGUUAACCCUGCCCUACGAGUGUGUAAGUUGUCGAUCAUUCCGGGCACAGUAGGCGUGCUUGCCCCACAUGUUUCGCUAACGUAUGCCGUAAUCAUGAUUAUAGAACGGACAACAGAGAAUACGCUUGGAGAAUACAGAUAAUAUAUGCCAAAUGAGUUCGCGAGACAGUUUAUAUUAGCGACAAUUAAUGUCCAACAUCAAAAAAAGUAAGACAGCGAUACACUCAUGGGCGUUUACCAGAAAUACCUACACGAUAUGCUAGAACGACAUGCCCAGACAAAAAGUGCCAGAGGUUUGUCAGAUAGACGGCCCAGUGGGGAAAAGCGGUGAUUCGUUGUUGGAUUCUAUAUAUACAUCUCGGAUUCUAUAGACACAUGUCGGAUUCGGCAAGAGUUAAGAAAAAGAGCGAUUGUCAGCUAUAGGGAUGUAUUGUUAAUGGCGUGCAGACUCAUGCAGUUUAAAAAAACUUGGAACUUGAACUAAACGAGAGUAAUGCAAGUAAGGCCUUAAUGAGGAGCAAAGUAUAGAGAGGCCCAAAAUAGAAAUGAAAUUUCUGGAGCUUCCCAGAUGUGUGAUUGACCGAUCCGGAUUAACCUAUUAUUCCCUUAGGUGUUUUGCAAAAUAAUAGGAUUAACCUAUUAUUCCCCCCGCGAUCACUUAUCGGAAGUAUACAACAUGCAGAUUCCAUUGUGAUAGACUUUAGAGGCGUCUGUCGCGCGGCAUCUACAUAUGUACGAUGAAGUCAAGUCCAGAAGAACCUACUUAGAUAUUCACACGGGCUUGUGCUCCAAGCCCCGUGGAACAUGUACGGUUGCUAGUCCAUGCUAUACCCACAGCGCCAGGCGAUUUAUACGCAGACAAGGAAGCAGCAAAAAGAAGAUGAAUAGCGGAAGGCCCGCUUCCAAAGAACUAAUUAUUUAGCUUGCAAUGUCGUUUAUGCGCUGCUGGUCGCAAGCGGACCUGAGCGGGUAAUUCUUGUUGGCAUAUUGUUCGGCUGAAGGUGUGUCAGUGUCGUGCUAAUCGUCGUGGAGUGUACUACAUGUUUACUAAUUUAAGCGGUGACCGUCUGUAGUUGGCGCCGAAAGGCUACCCGUCGCUAAUGCGAGAGCAUCAGCCGUGGGCCGGAAGAUGCAACGUGGUCUUCAAUGAAUGAACAUGCGCGCGUAAAGCAUUGUUUUCUUUUUUUUUUUUCUUUCCUCGUGGAAUACUUGGUGGUCAAUUUAACUGGCGCACGUUGCAAUUAAUAGGGUACGUGUAACUGCGUUUUAUGGUUCCUACAAUCUGUAUUUGAAAUGAGCGUGUGUCCCUCGCCGAUUGCCUUCAGUAAAUUAGCGGAUUCGCACUCUAAGCGGAACCUGUUGCAACUUUAUACUAAUGAAGAUCGCACGUUGACGUGGCGUAGCGUUCUUCCAAACCUGUGUAUGACGCCAGCUAUUGGCAGAUCUCCGCCGUUCCGAUAGUGGCGAAUGGGCGAACCCGUGAUAUGUAGAAGCCAAUGGCUGCUGUCGUUAUGUUUGCGUGUCGUUGCACGCAUGAUGUCGGAGAGAGAGAGAGAGAGAGAGAGAUAAAAGAAAUGAGAAAGACAGAGAGGUUAACCCGAUAUGUUACCCCGGACAACGUCGAAUACCGCCAUGUUGGCGUUUUGAGCCAAUCAGAAAGGCCGCAGAAGGCCCGUGAGCCGAUCGAAGCUGACAAGAUGGCGAAUUGGACAAUAUGGUGAAAUUUGAUGACUUCUAGAAUAAUGAAGAGCAGUGAGGAAAUAUUGUUUGCUAGAGUGGCAGAAGUACGUAGACUUCUCGUUCGGCGCUGGACCGUACACAUUUACUGCGAUAACGAAAUUUCGAAAAAUCCAAAAAACGAAGCGCGCGUCUGGUGACGAGCGAUAACGUGGGAAACAGCGAUAACUUGGGGAGAGGGGUCAGGCGACAAAAAUUAAUCAACGUACGCCUGAGUAAUGUAUGGUACAGCUGGAUACGGAGGUUACCGGAUUUGCGUUCUUUUAAUAUGGCGGUGCGCGAGUUGUAUUUUCUAAAGCUCUGGCUCACCGAACAGUUGACGCUCGUCGGUGAUGCACAGUUGCUAGGCGUAUACAUAGUACAGUGCAGUAACACGAAAAGCGGGCACAACGCUGUGUGCUUGUCCGCGCCUGCUUGUCUCGUACGUGUCCCUGCACGGUACUGCGUAUAACUGCGCAGCACGUUGACCAUGUUUGCAGGCCCUGCCAGCAUGCCCGAACAUAUUGAAGAAAAAUAGAGAACGCACCAUGACAGCAGCCAUGUUCGUGCCACCGCAUACCAAAAUGUAGCCCUUGGGAUGUUGUACUUGAGCCGUGAAUGGGCGUACAGGUUUAUCCUGGUUAAAGCAAACGCUGCACAGUAUAUGCGCUGAGCCGUUCCGGAACGGUAGUCAGAUUUAUUACUGCUAGGGCCUCUAUAGUUUAAACAAUCAUUUGGCCAGCUCCAACAAGAAAUAGAUAACGAACGUAUAUAGCUACUUAGUGAGUUCACUUCACUUAAAUGUUUGUGAUAAUUUACGUGUUGACUUUUCUGUACAGAUGUAUAUAUUGGGCUAGCCUUAUGCCUCGCUACUGGCUGUAGGAGUGAGCACCAUACUCGGGGGAAAAAGAAAAUAACAAAGAUGGCGGAUGUUCGUGAAGAACAUGAAAAAAAAAAAAAAAACAACGACAAGCGUGCCAUCUGGAUUCAGGCUGCAAAGCCCGUUACAGAAGAAAGACCCCACGCAAACAGCUCGUUAAGUGGGCCUCAGUGUUGUUCGUAUAUAUUAAUGCAAGGGGCCCGUCGGCUCUCACGGUGUUGACAACAGUUGUCAAAGCAUGCACGCGUGCACAACACACAUUCAAUCGUUUCCUCCGCGUAUUGUUGUUGCCAGAGUCAACAGGAAGCGCAGCAGGCGAAACCUGUUCCUAAAAUAUGCCGUCUGCUAUAUUGAUGGAGUGCGCGUUCACUGAUGUAAAGAACUGGCUUACUGUUACGCCUGUGAUUUAACAUUUCCGAUUAUUGACAACCUUUGUAUUUUUGUAAUUCUUUAUGACUGUUACUCGAAACAACAAGCUGUAUAGCCUUUAGUGUAUAGUGUCCAAACGUGUACGCAUAAAGCAGCCAAAAGAGAAACCGUCUUUCACCAGCCCUUGAAACUUGGCACUACAUUUCAGAUUUCAGAUGACAAUGAGGGAUUGAACGACAUAAACGAGGCCCAUCUAUGAUUAUUUAAUUGUUGCUUACGGAGUCUUUUUCUGUGUCCGUAUUGUGUGCGAUUCGUGCUAGGCCACUUCUGACCGCGAUUGUUGUAUACACGUUAAUGGAGUGAACAGUGUGUGUACACGUUGAUUGUCAAGCGUAAAACCGUCACACAUAUUGUGGAUUAGCACAGUUUUCUCUGGCUUCUAACGUACGUUCCUUUGCCCGCACGGUCACAGAAAAGGCACUUGCUGAACGUACAGAUUGUCCAGUACGUGGAACAAGCUUCCAACAACGCCACCAUUAGAGCAUACUAAUACAGGUCGCGUCAUGUUGUGUCGCUUUUUUUUUUUUUAACUAUGACGCGAAGGUAAUUUAUUUCAGUGAACGGAUGUGUCCCGCUUAUCCAGCGGCGUAAACAAAAUGGUGGCAACGACGAUCGCUGUGAAUUAAUUUUGAACGUGAAAUUUCUCGAAGCACUCGACGAAUCUAUAUAUCACGUCUGAACGACAAGGUCAGGGGCGCUUGAAGAUUUCACUUAUCCGUAUAAUGACGGCAAUCUGCCUUCGCAGUUAACGACUAAUUGGUCGAACCGUUCAUCAGCCUCCACAUCGGCCUUUUCGCAAAAAAAGAAAAGAAAGCCACGUAUGUGUUCUACGGACGUGUAUUUUUCUAGCUCGCGUACAAUUUCGUUCACAGAGUUUGUAUAUGUUUCUUUGAAUAAUUGCCUUAACCGAGGUACAACUUGUGAAAUAAAUGUGGUGCUGGUU